AUGCCGAGAUUUUCGAGGUUGGAGUGGAGAGGCUCAUUGGAACAUGUUGCUAGUAGAGUGGUGUCGUUCCUGAAGGCUCAACGGAUGGUCGAGAAUGGGUAUUUAGCAUGCUUGGCCAUUGUGAGGGACUUUGGUAUUGAUACUCCUACUGUUGAGUCAGUUCUAGUAGUGAGGGUAUUCUCAAGUAUUAAUUUGAGAUCAAGGUACCAUCAGUUGAAGAUCCGGGCUUCAAAUAUUCUGAAGACGUCUUUCAGGACCCUCUAUGGUCACUACGAGUUUUUGCUGGGAGGAUCAAGAGCAGGAUUUGAAGAUCGUGCUCCAGACUUUGAGGAGAAGAAUUUAUAUGCUAAUUUUUCCAAGUGUGAGUUUUGGUAG